AUGGCUUUGCCCAGGCAGAAAGUUAUGGCGCAAAAUUUAGUCGACGAGUUUGAAGUUCUUCAGAUAAAAGCUCUGGAAGACAACGAUUAUUCUCGAUGGAUGGAAAAUUUGCCAAAUGAAAAGCAACUGAGUCCACUGAAAGAUUUAGUGAUCCCAGGAUCUCAUGAUUCGGGAACGUUUUUUCUGGAUCAAAACAUGGAGAUUGGUCCCGAUGAAUCAUCUGCCAUUCACACGCUCGGGAGUAUUUUUGGGAAAGUAGCAAAGUCUGUGAUCCACAGUUGGUCCGUCACACAGUCAAUGACAAUUUACGAGCAGCUACUGUCGGGCAUUCGCUAUCUGGAUCUCCGUGUCGCGUACAGAGCCGAAGAUAAAAAGAUACGUGUUGUACACGGUUUGUUUGGUUGGACGAUUGAUCAAGUCUUGGACGAAGUGAACCGAUUUGUGGCGAAUUAUCCGAAAGAAAUUGUCAUUUUAGACUUCAAUCAUUUCUACAAAAUGGAUCAAGCUGCUCAUGAAACACUUGCAGAUACUCUGCUUGCUUCGUUCAGCGAGAUUUUCCGCGCUCCUGGCGCAGAUGGCCCGAAUGUCACCCUUCAAGAGAUGUGGGGAAACGAAGAGAAGGUCAUCAUUAUUUAUCACGACUAUGAUGUGGUCGAUACUUACCCCUGUUUCUGGCCACCCCAUCUAAUCUGCUCCCCGUGGCCGAACACAGCGGAUAAGAAACUGCUGUUGGAAUUCCUCAACAAACAGUCAGAAGCGUCCAGUUUUUCGGAAGAUGCUUUACAAGUAACACAAGCUAUCCUUACGCCACAAACUUCAACUGUGUUUCAAAACAUGACAAGCACUUUAAAAGAUGUUUUGGCUUCGAGAUGCAACUGCUAUGUGACCGGGUGGCUGAAGGCCCUUUGUGGCACCAAGUGUCACAAGUUUAAUAUUAUCAUCGCUGACUUCGUUGAAUUUGGCGAUUUUAUCCCAACUGUUAUCAGCCUGAAUUAUUUUUUCUGACCUGCUAAUAUAUUGACAGACUAUAUAAAAGUGACGCCUAAAUUUUUGUUACUAAAGACAAGGCUGUUGAAAAGGGCUAUCUGAAAAAAGUGAUUUGUGUGGAUAUCAACCAUCCUUAAUUUCAGCUGUGCCCCUAACUUUCUUGAUGUCCUGCAAUGAGUCAGCAAAUUAAAUGGCUGACUGAUGCUUUGCUCACACCAGGUUUGGGCAUGAGUUUCAGGCCUUUGGACUAAAAACAUUGAUCACAGUGCAGCUUAUGCCUGAUGCCUUACCAUAAACCUUGCUUUGUUACAGCUUUGCGAGAAACACUCUUUAAAAGUAUAAGAAACAAGCUAGAACUAAUCUGAGUAAAAUUGAUUCUGUAAAUAAGAGCAAUUUGCCCAAAAUCUCAGUGUUUCAAGGAAAGUUUCUAGGAAAGGAGAUUGUGUUGGAGCUUAUCAAGAUGUGUUGGUAAGGAAUGAUUAUUUCCUCUCCAAAAAAAAAAAUGUCAUUGUCUGGUAAAAAAGAUGACUAUGAACUUGCUCUUGACCUCUUGGUAAAGCCAAGGAAGGUCUGUAGGGCAUCUAUCUGUAAUAAACAGACAUAAAUCCAGCCUCAAACAUAAUAUCUUGGCAGAGAGAUUGCUGAAAUAUACUUUGGUUAUCAGUGGUGAAAUAUUCCACAGCUACAACAAAUUCACAUCUAAGUGAGACUAUGAAAGGUCUGUGAGGUAUCUUUCUGUAAUAUACAGACAUAAAUUCAGCCUUAAAAAUUAUAUGUUGGCCUAGAGAUAGCAGAGAUAUGGCUUUGGUUAAUUUUGGUCAGUGAAAAAUCAACAUAGAUAGACUGAUUCAUCAGUUAACCCUGAAACAGCCAUAGGUGACCAAGACAGAAUUUCUCAUCACAAUAUCAAUACAAUAUCAAGCAGAAAAGUAAUGUGAAUACAGAAAAAUAUAAAUUAAGGGAUUCUCAGUUGAUCCAUUACCAAAUUAUUUAAAACCAAAAUCAACAAUUAUAUAGCAGUCAGUAGGGAGAAUUACUAAUGAGAUCAUGUGAGUGAAAGAGUUAACUUAACCCUUUGAGUUGAAUCAUGACCUGGCGUUCUGGGAAGUUAACCUUAAAAGGCCAUUUUUGGUCACUUUAAUAUCAGAGUGUUUAUGUAUUCAGUGGCCAAUAUCUUGACCAAGAGAAUUGCUUCUUUUAAGAGCAUGCUCUAGUCAAGAUAAAUUUAGGGAGAUCAUAUCUAAUGCUUGUUACUAGACAUACACUGGAAGAAAGUUAUUCGUAUUGUCUUUGCUGAUUGAAUAAGUUUUUCAUGAGAGAGAUUUAACACAAUUAAAUGUAAAAAAAAUCAAUUUUGUCGAGUUCAAAAUAGCUCAUUAUUAGGAGAUCCUUGUUCUGGAUUUAAACAUUCCUGGGAGAGUACAUUUUAAACAGCAAAGCAUUGCAAUAUUCGAGUGUUUUCUUUUUUCCAUUUUAACUUCUUUUGCAUGAAAUCAUAAGCUAAACAGGUUUAUCUUUCAGCGUCAUCCAUGAUGUCUAUGUGAAAAUUAAAAUAUGUAUCAAUGAAAUAUUAUUAAAAAAUAAAAAAUCAUUACCAACCAACUCUGUUCUGAAUGUACAUACAUCUUUUUUAAACUUAAAAGCGAAGCUGAACUUGUAAAAUUCAGUGAAAGAGGCAUGCUUUUGAGAAGUAGAAGGUUGAUCAGUACUUGACUAUCAACUAUUUGUGAUCAAGAGAGAAAUCUUUUUUUGCACUGUCCUUUCAUACUUGUAUUGUCAAAGAAAUGCACUGUCCCCUCCCCACUGAUCAGAAAAUGGUCUGGCAACCCCAAGUACCCCUGUGAAUGUGUUACUUGUCAGUGGUCAAUAAGUCUAGUUUUGCCUUAGUCAAACCACUACAAAUUUAGAUCAAUGUCAGUAUCUGAGCAACUGCCCAGCUACUCCUCCUCUAACCUCAACAACAGUCAACUGGUAACAAGUCAGGGUUAAUGUUGGGUUGGGGAAGGGGUAAGCGUGCAGUUACAUUACAGUGACAUUGAUCAUCAGAAAAGAAGUAUGUGGGUACAGGCAAUACAAGAAAGACAAGAUCUGAUUUGACACUAUUACAGCCUCUUGGAGGAGAACAAAACUUCUAAUGUAUGUCACGCAAAUUUUGACCUGAAUGAGAAGUCUUCCUGACUUCUAACACAACAGGUCUUCCCUGUUCAUGGAUUCAUGGCAUAUCUUAUACCAAACAGUUUCAUCAGAUUCAUUUACUGAAAUAAAAAGGGAAAUUAGCCGAAAACUGGUGUUGUGCAAUGAGGCCAUGAUCCAAGGGUUAUACAAGUCUGGUGUAGUGGAACCCCUGGAGACCAUCAAGUCAAAGGCUUUGACAAACACCUCAGUUACUGUUUCUUUUGCAGAAUUGACUCCAGAGAAGAAAUUGUUGUCCUUCAGCACGUUGAAAAGCUCAUUAAGUUGUGCAAGCUAGAAUUCUGCAUGGCUACCAUAGAUAUUUCAGAAAACUGGAACUGCAAGUGUUGUAGAUUCAAAGUAUCUUGGUCAUUAGGACAUUCCACGCACUUUGUUGAGUGGCAAGAUAGAUCACCAUUGUAAACACAUCAUAUGAACUGCUUUUGCUGAGAAACUUUUGUUGUGUCAAAGAUGCUAUCUCUAUGACCAGACAAACUUGUACAAA